CCAGCACUCGAUGGAGUUUUCCUGAGAGGGCUCCAAUGCUGAGUCAGCAAAAAAAGAACAACCAGCAGCCACACACAAAGAGCCCCAAUCCAGCAACCUGAGCCAGUCCCACUGUCACAAUAACAACACAAACACCACAUGGGAACAAUACGCCCCUCUGCUUUCCAGAAGCCCAGGCCACAAUAAAGAGCCAUGCGCCCAGAGACUCCGGCAGUUUGACACAACAGGUCACCGAACAGAUUCUUAAGCCCAUCAACGAUGUCCAUGCAGGGUGACUAGCCUAGCCUUCUGACACACCCCCACACCCCCACACCCACACUCUAUCCCAUCUCAUACCCGCAUUCUCCAAGAACAAGGGCCAUGCCUCUGCCGAGACGUCGAUCCUCCUUCCUGAGCCAACCUGCCGCCAAGGAGCGCCCAGGUAGCGCCAACACCAGGGUUGGCACCACAGGCAUCAGCAAUGCCCCCCGGGGUGUCUUUGUGGGGACGGCCCCCACGGUUGCCGCCUCCAGCAUGGGCACGCGUGUGUCGCGACGCGCCCUAGGCAUCAGCAGUGUGUUCCUGCAGGGGCUGAGGACCACGGUCGCGCCUGUGAUGCCCCACGGGGCCGGGACCAGUGGCAGGCAACACCCCGGGGGCGCUGAGAGCCUCAACGGCUGCCUGAUGGAGUACAGGGAUAAGGUGCGAGCCCUGGAGCAGCUCAACCGGCAGCUGGAGGAGCAGAUCAAACACUGCCUGGAUCGUAAGGCGUCCAGCGCCGGAGCCUGGGGCCUCCUCAGACAGGAAUGGGAGGACGUCUACAGACAUGUAAGUAAGGAAGAACGAGAGAGAGAGAGAGAGAGAAAGAGAGAGAGAGAGAGAGAGAGAGGGGGAGAGAGAGAGAGAGAGAGAGAGAGAGAGAGAGAGAGAGAGAGAGAGAGAGAGAGAGAGAGAGAGAGAGAGAGGAGAGAGAGGAGGAGAGAGAGGAGAGAGAGAGAGAAGGAAGGAAGAGGGAUUUGAAAAUGAAGAGAGGGUACAGACUGGUAAGAGGGGGGGUGAGAGAGGGGGAAGAGAGAGAGGGAGGAGAGCGGUAGAGAAGGGAGGACCUCUGAAGACAGGUAAGAAAGGAAGGAUGAGAAGGAGAGGAUGAUGGGAAGAGAGGGUACGGACAGGUAGGAUGGGAGAGAGAGAGGGAGGAGAGGGGUGAAGAAGGACAGGGAAGAUAUCUACAGACAGGUAAAGAAGAGAGGGAGUUGUUGGAAUUGUUCGCAAGGUUGAUAAAUCAAAUCAAAGUUUAUUUGUCACAUGCGCAGAAUACAACAGUAGACUGUUGAAAAACACAUGAGAAAUAAAACACACGAAUGUAAGCUAUAUACAAGUCCAUUACCUGUACCAUAUCCUGGAAUUAAGUUAAGAAGCUCCUGCUGAGGCUUCAGUGAUGCAGCAUUAUACUGUUCUAUACCUGCCACCUGAUGACAGUGAUGCAGCAUUAUACUGUUCUAUACCUGCCACCUGAUGCCAGUGAUGCAGCAUUCUACUGUUCUAUACCUGCCACCUGAUGACAGUGAUGCAACAUUCUACUGUUCUAUACCUGCCACCUGAUGACAGUGAUGCAGCAUUCUACUGUUCUAUACCUGCCACCUGAUGACAGUGAUGCAGCAUUCUACUGUUCUAUACCUGCCACCUGAUGACAGUGAUGCAGCAUUCUACUGUUCUAUACCUGCCACCUGAUGACAGUGAUGCAGCAUUCUACUGUUCUAUACUGCCACCUGAUGACAGUGAUGCAGCAUUCUACUGUUCUAUACCUGCCACCUGAUGACAGUGAUGCAGCAUUCUACUGUUCUAUACCUGCCACCUGAUGACAGUGAUCCAGCAUUCUACUGUUCUAUACCUGCCACCUGAUGACAGUGAUGCAGCAUUAUACUGUUCUAUACCUGCCACCUGAUGACAGUGAUGCAACAUUCUACUGUUCUAUACCUGCCACCUGAUGACAGUGAUCCAGCAUUCUACUGUUCUAUACCUGCCACCUGAUGACAGUGAUGCAGCAUUCUACUGUUCUAUACCUGCCACCUGAUGACAGUGAUGCAGCAUUCUACUGUUCUAUACCUGCCACCUGAUGACAGUGAUCCAGCAUUCUACUGUUCUGUACCUGCCACCUGAUGACAGUGAUGCAGCAUUCUACUGUUCUAUACCUGCCACCUGAUGACAGUGAUGCAGCAUUAUACUGUUCUAUACCUGCCACCUGAUGACAUUAGGUUGAAGCUCUGAUUGAGUGGGUGGUCGGAGCUGGAGAUUGUGGCAGGCUUUGCAUUGGAUAGUGCUUUAAUUUAGAAGUGAUAGAUUUGGAAUGGGGAGUCUAACUUCGAUGCAGUGUUUCUGGGCCUGUUUGCAUAAAACAUCUUAAGCGUUUCCCUUAUGGAAUAAUUUUCCCUCACCUAAAGGAAUUGUUUAAGGGUGUUGCAUAGAGCCCCUCAAACAUUUCCUUAGGUAAAGACAUCAUUUAAGGGUUUUAUGGUAGUUUGAAGGCAUGUAAGGCAGAAAGAGUCUCUGGUUACCAUGGAGAUGACCUGAUUCACUGACUGAAAGUCUCUUCAAAAGAGAUCACAAAAUAGAUUCAUUCAAGACACACAUUGAUUCUGAUUUAAAGUUAAGGAAACUUUAAGGGAAAGAUAUGGGGGAAAUUAACUAAGAUGUUUUAUACAACCGGGCCCAGCGGAUCCUUAAUUGUUUAUUGCGCUGUGAGACUAUUAGCAUGUUGAAGUAUAACAGAUGCUUCCAUAGAUGAGGCAUAUUGCAUUAUGAUGCAUUAUGAUGCAUUAUGAUGCCAUUAUGAUGCAUUAUGAUGCAUUAUGAUGCCAUUAUGAUGCAUUAUGAUGCAUUAUGAUGCAUUAUGAUGCCAUUAUGAUGCAUUAUGAUGCCAUUAUGAUGCAUUAUGAUGCAUUAUGAUGCAUUAUGAUGCCAUUAUGAUGCAUUAUGAUGCCAUUAUGAUGCCAUUAUGAUGCCAUUAUGAUGCCAUUAUGAUGCCAUUAUGAUGCCAUUAUGAUGCAUUAUGAUGCCAUUAUGAUGCAUUAUGAUGCCAUUAUGAUGCAUUAUGAUGCCAUUAUGAUGCAUUAUGAAGCCAUUAUGAUGCAUUAUGAUGCCAUUAUGAUGCAUUAUGAUGCCAUUAUGAUGCAUUAUGAUGCCAUUAUGAUGCAUUAUGAUGCCAUUAUGAUGCAUUAUGAUGCCAUUAUGAUGCAUUAUGAUGCCAUUAUGAUGCAUUAUGAUGCCAUUAUGAUGCAUUAUGAUGCCAUUAUGAUGCAUUAUGAUGCCAUUAUGAUGCAUUAUGAUGCCAUUAUGAUGCAUUAUGAUGCCAUUAUGAUGCAUUAUGAUGCCAUUAUGAUGCAUUAUGAUGCCAUUAUGAUGCAUUAUGAUGCCAUUAUGAUGCAUUAUGAUGCCAUUAUGAUGCCAUUAUGAUGCCUUUAUGAUGCAUUAUGAUGCCAUUAUGAUGCAUUAUGAUGCCAUUAUGAUGCAUUAUGAUGCCAUUAUGAUGCCAUUAUAACACACUAAGAUUUGAUACAGGCAUGCGUGAGGCAUCAGGCAUCAGUGAUGUAGUGGUAUAGAAAAUAGGUGGGUAAACGCUGAUCACCGUUCACGGUGAAGAAAUUAACACUCCCUAUAUUUUCAAUGUGGUUUUCAGCGACAGGUGGGUAAAUGUUUGCGCAAUAUAAACAAGGUGUGUAUUCUGUGUUUACCUGCUUUAACCCUCCAAUACACCACUGCUCAAAAUGUCUGGUCUUGUUAUCCUCCCAUAAGGAUCCUGACUAAAUAAGACAUUUUGAGUCCGUUGAAGAUAUCAUAAGCGUUAUAUUAAGACAUUAUAAAGGUGUGUAUAAUUAAGCAAUAAGGCCCGAGGGGGUGUGGUAUAUGGCCAAUAUACCACUGCUAAGGGCUGUUCUUAUGCACGACAACGCGGAGUGCCUGGAUACAGCCCUUAGCCGUGGUAUAUUGGCCAUAUACCACAAACCCCCGAGGUGCCUUAUUGCUAUUAUAAACUGGUUACAAACGUAAUUAGAGCAGUAAAAAUACAUGUUUUGUCAUACCCGUGGUAUACAGUCUAAUAUACCACGGCUGUCAGCCAAUCAGCAUUCAGGGCUUGAACCACCCAGUAUAUAAUGUCUCAUAUACCACGGCUUUCAGCCAAUCAGCAUCCAGGGCUCGAAUGACCCAGUUUAUAACAAGUAAUAGUGCUUUAUACAUGCAUGCAGAACACCCAUUUAUGGAAAAAUGCACCCUAAGUUGGACUUCAGAGCAUCUGUUGCCCUGUAGUGGAUAGACUGACAAUUUGCUAAAUUGACCCCACAGGUUAGUGAGUCCAUCCUUCACACUGCCAGGCUAAUGCUGCAGACAGAGAAUGUGCAGGCCAACGCUGAGGACUUCAAGGACCGGUGAGCAUCCUCUCUCCUCGCAUCCUCUCUCUUCGCAUCCUCGCCUCCUUGCAUCCUCUCUCAUCCCCUCACAUCCUCUCUCCUCACCUCCUUCCCAAAACGUCAGAACCUGGAGAGUCGAGGAGAAGAUCACCUUGACUUUCGACUUUCCCUCUUUGUCCGUUUCCUUCUGUGGUCCUGUAGGUAUGAGGAUGAGCAGCCCUUCAGGAAGGCGGUGGAGGAGGAGAUCGGCUCUCUGUACAAGGUGAUUGACGAUGCCAACAUGACCAAGUCGGACCUGGAGAGCCAGAUGGACAGCAUGAGGGCUGAGCUUCGGGACCUGGCCUGCAGCCAUGAGGAAGUGGGUCCAGCAUAAAACAAUAAAGCACAUAAACCAGAUAAUCCACUCAGAAUACAAGCUGAUGGGAUUUUACUCACUUAGAAUCCACAAGACAAUUUUCGGAUAUUCAUUUAGUUUACUUACCCAGCAUAGGAAUAAAUACGGUAUACAUUUUACAUUACAUUUGUCAUUUAGCAGACGCUUUUAUCCAGAGCGACUUACAGUUAGUGCAUACAUUUUCAUACUAAUCUCUUCAAAUUGCACACUCAACAUUCAAUACAAUAUUCAGGGUUUCGCGAAUGAGCUGCUUAGUUUGAUACACCGACCACACGGUUAACCUGCCCUUCAGGGUCUGGAGAACAUGUUGGGAGUAGGUCAGCAACCUGAUUCUGCACCGCAACACGUCAAGAGAAAACACAAGUAUGAAACCCUAACUGAAUUGAAACCCUAACUGCUAACAUUUUCCACUGACAAUCAUUUCGCCUCCAUAGAGUGAGAGCCUACACCUCAUCGAGCUAAUGAUCUCAAAUCAAGAUCAUUAGUUGAUUUAUAUGAACCCGGUGUGUUAGUGUUACGUUCUGCUGCCCCCUACAGGACGUGAGGGUGCUCUACAAGCAGAUGGUAGGCGGCGAGGUGGACGAGCCGGACACUCCCAUUGAGACCAAUCUGGACCAGAUACUGGCUUACAUUCGCUCCCACUGGGAAAGAGUCAUCGAGAAGAACCGUGCCGAGACCGAUGCCUACCUGGAAUACAAGGUAAGUUCAUACUGUAGGUCCUCAUGUGUACAAUCUAUAACACCUGAAUAACAGGGGGGGAAACAACCAUUUACUUUUAAUAGAUUAAGGUGUACUUGACAUUUAUUUACAUGUCUGUCAGUUGUUUAUCUAGUCUGAGGUCAACUUGAGGUUUAUUGUGUUUACUAAAGGGGCCAGUCAAAACAAAUGAAACACACCUGCUCUUUGAUGUAGAUUGACGGCUGUACAUUUGUGUGUGUGUGUGUAUAUGUGUGUGUGUAUAUGUGUGCGAGUGCGUGUGUGUAUAUAUGCCCGUGUGUGUGUGUGUGUGUGAGUUCAGCAGGCAGAGAGUGUGGGCAGUAAUCUGAGUCGUGAGGAGGAGGAGCUCGAGAGUCUGAAGACGGAGUGUAACGAUGCUGGCUGUAAGAUCCAGAGUCUGCAGGCCCAAACGGAGUCCAUCAGAGCACUGGUACAUACAUAUCGUGAUGCUGGCUGUAAGAUCCAGGGGAGGCUGGGGGGUUGGAGGUGUCAACCGCUUCGAAGUCAGCACACCUCCCGCUCUCAAAGAUUGAUAUAUUGUGGACAUUUUCAUCUUCAUAAAUAUUUGUUGCUGUUUUGUGCGAUAUGAAGCAUGUUUCUUUGUGGUUAUUUACGGUUGAAUUCUGGCCUGAGCCUUCACGUUGUUCUUAUUGCUCCAACAGAAGCGCGGUUUGGAGAACUCCCUGAACGACGCCAAGCAUUGGCACGACAUCGAGCUGCAGAACCUGGCAUCCGUCAUUGGCAAGCUGGAGUCGGAGCUGGGCGACGUCCGCGGCGACGUCGAACAGCAGCGCCGCGACUAUGAGACGUUGCUGGGCAACAAAAUGCGUCUGGAGCUGGAGAUCGGCACCUACCACUGCAUCUUGGAUGGGGAGGAGAGACGCUACCACCCCUCCAUGUGAGUAGGGUUAGGGUAGCUAACCUCAAAGGUAACCUAUCAAAGAAGAAGAAGAAUAGCCGAGCAGGCAAAAUUUGACACAUGACGUAGUAAAUACAUCAUUUUCAUUUGUGUUUAUGCUAUGAUUGCAAGGUGAACUCCACGCAAUGUAUUCCAAUGGGUGAGAUAGCAUGACCUCUUUUGACACAGUGUUCCUCUCAACAGGUGCACAGGUGCAUCAGAGCCAGAGGGGAAACAAACCCUCCUUCCUCCCCAUUCAGAGCCCUCCGGUAACCCAGAACUCCAAGGUAAAGUCUACAGCCCUGUUCAAAACACGAGGAGGUACAAGGCACUCUUCAUGAUAUCGAAAUGCCUCUAUUGUGGUGGCAAGUUCAAUGGAGCAAUAUCUUAA